AUGGCGACCUUAACCCUCCCGCUCCUCCUCUCCUUCCUGGUCGCCACCGCCUCCGCCCGCCCCUGCAAAACUCUAUUCUAUUUCUCCGCCACCACCACCUAUUACCCUUCUAAUUCCCUCAAUUCAAACCCUAACGAUCCCAAUUACGCCCUAAUUGAAAAUCCCCAAUACAUUACCCUAAUCUUCACCACCACCACCGUCUCUCCCCAAUUCAACGAUGCCGCCCAAUCGUCGCCGUCCGAAUUCCCGCUGGAUUUCUACUCCUCCGUCUCCAGCUCCGUCCGCGAUCGCACCAUGGACAUCCUGAGCGUCGUCGGAGCCCUGCUCUUCGGCGUCGGAUGCGGGGCCAUCGCCGCCGCGGUCAUGUUCUCCCUGUGGUCCUUGUUCAAUCCCUGCAGCGUUGACUUCGACGACCUCUCCUCGUCCGACGAAGAUGACGACGACAACGAUGAUGAUGUCAUCCUGGCGAAGAAGAUCGGUUACGUUGCGAUCCCGGCGCAGCGUAAGGUGAUUGAUUGUGACCUGGAGAAGGCCGCGGAGGUGGUUUGA